AAGUUUAAAAGUACAAGAACACAAGUUUUCACUUUUGAUAUUCUUGUACUUUCCUAAUAAAUCCUUCUCUUCUAAAACUUGCACCUGAACACAACCGUAUUUAAAAGAAGUAGUUUGACAAGCGCGUCUCGUAAAUUAACAAUCUGAGUACUUGAACUCGCUCAAAUAAGAGAACGUUUAGAGAAGGACAUUUCCAUUCUUCACUCUAUCACUGAGCGAUAUUGCGCUAGCAUUAAGGUUGACUUUAUGAUUUGUGUGUUCUCUGGCAAUUGAUAAAAUGCCUUUCCCUUAUUUACCGUAGCCCUGGACGACUGCAUCUAAUCCAUCUAACACCUUCUGUCCCCCAAAGAAAAACGAGACUUUUUACACAUUUAAAUCGGUUAUUCGUCGAAUUAACUGUUGGGAAUGCAUUGAGUCUAUAUCUCCCAUUCCUUUGAUACUUAUCAAAAGACCUUACAGCGCUUGUGUAUUGAGGUAAUACGGGGGUAACAGGAGCAUAUUCUUGUAUCUAUUACAUAAAUGUCACCCCCUGCUUUGAGAUUGAAUGUGAGCGUGUGUGUGUGUGUUUGUGUGUAAGUUCAGCAGAAAACGCUUAAUCAGGCCGCUAAGAAUUGGAAUAUACUGGUCUAAUCAACACAUUUCUCUGCAUGUGGAGACGGGGACAUAUUAAAACUGCAUCUGAACGGUUAAGGAGCCUGGCAUAUUCUCAAGUUUCCCAAAAUCACAAUUAACAUAUCACACAGGCUAAUCCACGAUCAUUUAUAAAAACGUAAUCGUUAAAUGCUUCCAUCCAAACCCCCUAAAAAGUGAUCGACGGAUGUUUGAAUAAAAUCGCCUUCCCGAUUAAUCUUUUAAAAUGCGCCUAAUCACUAACUGUUCAGUCAACAUUUCACUGACGUUUCUUCGUCGGGGACAACAACAUCAUGAGUGCAGCAGUGUUGACUUCUGAUAACUCGAACUGGAGACCGACAGUUGUUCAGAUUGCUCCGUUUGUACACGACCAACAUUUUUCAGCUUCGAGGCCCUCGACCUCUUCUUCAUCGCAAACAAACUCUGAUUCUACCACAGAGAAACGGAAUUAUCCCGUAUUGGCCGUAACCCGCUCCAACUCCUGCAUAACAACCGGCUCCGAAGACGUGAACAAAGGGACCCAAGAUGUUCCAUUCUCAGGCAGACCCCCGACGGAGUUUAUAAAAUCGUUUUACGGCGGAAAAUUCGUGGCUAGUCAUUCAAAGAAACUUCAGAUCGCAUCGGUAAAGAAAUGCUGGGUCCAGGAUUUAAAUACACAAAAUAACGAUACUCUGAGUGACUCUCAGUCUGAAUGUCAGAUGGAUCAAUCUCAAUUUCUUGCUACAAGUAACAGUGAUAGUGUGAAGUCGGUGUUGUCAGAAAGGAAGUAUUUUUAUGGAACCAAUGUUAUAAUGCGGAAUCUGAAACCAACCCCUGGCGAGCUUGACUUGCAGAUGCGGAAAGAAAAGUAUGCGAGUGAACAAGCUCAGAAGCGAAAGAAAUAUAAGUUGAAUGUGAAUCAACUCCCUCGAAGUACAACGCCCAUCAAUGAUCAUGACCCAGAUAAGCUUAACAUGAAACAAGUGAUACAAUUCCUUCAGAAUAAGAACGGUUCAAAAGUCAUUCCCCCAAAACAAGCAGGAAAAGUUUCGAUAAACAGCGAUUCUCAAAAGACAAUAGGAACGACUGGAUUACGACCUCAGUCGGAGGUCACUGCAUCAAAUCAGCGACCUCCGACUGACAAUGUUCGUUCUAGCACGGAAGUUUUGCGAGAUGAUACAAAAUCGGACUCCGAAUCCAGAAUUGCUAGUCGAAAUUCGUGUUACAGCAGGGACUCUUUUGGAUCGCGUUCUAUUUUGUCUACUCAAAGUGUUCCGAUUACGGACUCCAGGGAAAAAAGGACCCACUCAAAAAGACAUACGCCAUCAUCGAAAUCAGUGAAGGACAGAAGUCGGCACUCCCGUAGAAGUGUAAAGGAAUUCAAACUCUACAGGUUUCUGGCCCUAGCUCCCAAUGGAAUGGGACAAACAACAGUUCCGGAUAGUCACACUUUAGAUCAACUCAGAUCCAAGGAAAAACAAAAGGAAAAGGCAAUUGAUGAUAACCAAAACCGUGUGGCAUAUCGGGCUCCCAUUAUAAGAGAACAAGUACCUGCCUAUCAAUUCAGUGAAAACAAGUUGCAAGGCAACAAAAUCAGUGCUAAGGAUGAAAUUGAAGGGCAUAAUGGUGAACGGAAAACGACAAAAAAGACAUCUCAUUUGAUGCGUCGCCGUGCGCUGCUUCAGUACCGAGAAAAAUUUCGCAUGCUUAAAGCGGAAAAUCCAGAAGAAGAAGGCGAUCAGAGAAACACGAUACGAUUACCAAGCGUCCAUGAUUAUGAUGAUAAUGUACGAAGUCACGAAUCCGAAGAUGAGGAAACCGUGCCAAAGGAGAUAUUUUCAUAUCCAGAAGAUACAGUAAAAAUACAAGAUUUAUCUCUCUUGUCUAGCAGAUCUGACCAAACGAACAACAGAAGCGUAAACUAUCAAUCACCUUUGUUGAUCCAAACAACAUACGUAGACAACAACAAUAACAACAAAAACAAAAAGCUUUCCGUAAACAUUCCCCAACAGUCGGACAAAACAACCAAGGAGGUGAUCAAAUUAACACUCCGUAAAGAGAAAGAUGUAACUCGAGAGCAAAGCUAUAUGCAUGACAUCGCGACCCCAAGGGACGCUAACAUGUACACUAUGAUGUGCCAGCAUCUAAAACAAUCGCUACCUCCGACGUGCGAAGACGAUUGUGGCUACGAUAGACGGAUUUAUAGAAUAUCGGCCGUAGCCAUUAACGAAGAGGAUGAUAAUUAUAAUAUUCUUCCAGACGAAGCCACAUUGGCAGUGCACGAGACCUUAGCAAAUAGCUGUAUAAAAGUCAGACAGAAAUUGAAAGGCACUGUCCACAAUGACUGAAACAGCUAGUUGUGAUUUAAAUUCUUUGUGCUAAACUGGUAAUUGAUGUCCUCUUAUAGAGGACACGCUUGCCAUAUAUUUUAUAAUAGUAUUUUUCUUGGCUAUUUUAUAACUAGGAAUAAUUUAAUAAAGUGUAUACCUGCAAGGUGUACAGAUGGCAUUACA